ACAAUACUUUUGAUCUGAAAAAUGAGCCAAGAACAGCCGCGGAAACCUGAAGAUCAGAAGGAGCCGGUGACAUAUGGGGAUGUGUUUCCUGGUGUUCAGGGCGCCCAGCUGGCGGACAAGGUGGUGACGCCCAAGGAUGCCGCCAUGAUCCAGGCGGCAGAAAAUGCUGUGUUGGGGCAGACCGUCAAGGGUGGUGCUGCUGCAAUCAUCCAGUCCGCCGCCACGCAGAAUGAGAAGGCGGCUGUUGUCGGUUCAAGUGACGUGAAAGCGGAUGUUGGAGGAGACGGCGGCGGGGUUAGCGUUAAGGAGGCUGAUGUUCCGGCACGCCGUAUAAUAACGGAGUCGAUCGGUGGACAGGGUUCGGAUUCAAAUCAAAUGCAUGUAGAUCAGGAAAAGCAAAGGAAAAUCCAUGAAUUGGUCGAGGUUGUGGGGCAAUACAGCCAGCGAGCUCCAUUGGCACCACCAAACACUAUGCAUCGUGUCGGAGGCUCCGCCGUUCAAAUCACCAUUGGUGAGGCCCUGGAGGCCACGGCUAUGACAGCCGGACAGAAGCCAGUUGAGUGGAGUGAUGCCGCUGCAAUUCAAGCGGCCGAGGUUAGAGCCACUGGCCGCACCAAUAUAGUACCUGGUGGUGUGGCCGCUGCGGCUCAGUCUGCCGCAACCCUCAAUGGUCGGGCUACAAAGGACGAGGAGAAGACCAAACUGGCUGACAUUCUUGCGAAUGCAACUUCAAAGUUACCGGCAGACAAACCGGCAACACGUCGAGAUGCUGAGGGAGUGACUGGUGCUGAAAUGCGAAACGAUCCAUACCUGACUACCCAUCCGACUGGAGUGGCGGCUUCGGUGGCGGCCGCUGCUAGGCUGAACGAGAAUAAUAGCAGCCAAAUGCCAAAAUAGUUUGCAUAUGUGAGUCUGGAAGCAUCAGCAGUACACGUAUAUCAGUAUAUGAAGGUACCUUGGGUUGUGUUGUCACUUAUAGUAGCCGCCAUGGCCAUGUUUUUCGGAGUCUGAAAUCGUUUGUUAUCUUCCAAACAGAUGUCCUUUUCCGUUGGGGGGGUAUGAAUAUGGUGAAUAAAGGACAUUAUAUUCACUAGUAACAGAGUUUUACCACUUAGUUUUGAAGUGUAUUAAUAUACGAGAGUUUGUAUCUGAGCUUAAUUGUGCACUCGAGGUCUCCAGUUUGAU